CCUAUAUAAAGAAGGAGGACGCGACAACACCACAUCAGGCGACCAAAGUGAUCGAAUGAGUGCAUAACAGUGUUUUUAGCUAGUUUCAAGCAGUGGAGGGCAACACAACAUUAGGUUUGGAUUAACUGGAUGUAAAGGCGUCUUAUUUUUGGGAUACGCGACCAAUGCAUGGUCAUAACUACAUGGAAAGUAGGGUCACAAGUUGAUCUGGCUGCCUUUCGUGUUUUCAAGAAGUAUUUGAGAAUUCUAUUAUACUACGGCGGUUAUUUCCCCAGUGGGUCAACGGCACAAUGGAAUGGAAUUGCGGAUUGUUAUAUUUUUUCCCCCCAAUGGUAUGAAUUCGAAUCCCGUAAUGUAUCAUAUUUUAAACAUUCAUUUUCCAUUUAUUUCGGCUUAGAACGGUUCUACGUGACAAGUUUCUUCCAAUUACACUCCAAAAACGAAUGAGAUUGUAAUGUUUUUGACAUUUUAUUGAAUAACAAAUCAAAGAGGCAUUCGCAAGGACAGCUACGUGUCUGGUCCCGAUUUCGAACAUCUGGCGUAGCCACGACAACAAGCGAAGCAUUCGGCUGAGGGUCACCAGUUAAACCGGUCACCACUUGAACUGAAACACCGGAGGGUCAUAUCCGACCACGACACCCUCUGCCUGUCUGUCAAUUGUUUAGAAAAUGACCGGAGAGAAGAUCCGCUCCCUUCGCAAGGACCACAAACCGAGCAAGGAGGGGGACUUACUCGAACCGGACGAGGAGGCAGCCACUGGGACGUUUACCUCGACUAGAACCAGCAGCAAAAGCAGAGCAAGUAAAAUCUUCAGCAAUCACAAGUUGGUCAAAUCGCCAUCAACACAGCAACACCACAAUCAGCAAUCGCAGCUAAAUGCCAACACACUACCAACCACGGGGGAUGUUGUGGACGACAACAACAAGAACCCCAUCAUACGAGCCGGUGUUGAGGACUUUCCAGUGCACGAAUGUGUUUUUAAGGGAGAUGUCCGACGCCUGUCUUCCCUAAUUCGUACGCAAAAUAUAGCACAGAAAGAUGUCCAUGGAAACACACCGUUGCAUCUUGCUGUCAUGAUGGGAAACAAAGAGUGUGCCCAUUUGCUGCUGGCCCACAAUGCACCAGUGAAGGUGAAGAACGCUCAGGGAUGGAGUCCCCUCGCCGAGGCCAUUAGCUACGGUGAUCGACAAAUGAUCACGGCGCUGCUGCGGAAACUGAAGCAGCAGUCCAGGGAGACGGUGGAGGACAAGAGGCCCAAGCUGCUGACGGCCCUGAAAGAGCUGGGAGACUUUUACUUGGAGCUUCACUGGGACUUCCAGAGCUGGGUGCCUUUGCUAUCAAGGAUUCUUCCUUCAGACGCAUGCAAGAUCUACAAACAGGGCAUCAACAUCAGACUGGACACCACUCUGAUCGACUUCUCGGACAUGAAGUGCCAGCGCGGGGACCUGAGCUUCAUCUUCAACGGCGACGCCGUUCCCUCCGAGUCCUUUGUGGUGCUGGACAACGAGCAGAAGGUCUACCAGCGGAUACACCACGAGGAGUCUGAGAUGGAGACGGAAGAAGAGGUAGACAUCCUCAUGAGCAGCGACGUGUACUCGGCCACGCUCUCCACCAAGUCAAUCACCUUCUCCAGGGCUCAGAGCGGCUGGCUCUUCAGGGAGGACAAGACGGAGCCCGUGGGGAACUUCCUGGCAGCCUUCUACUUUGUCAACGGCCUGGUGCUGGAGUCCCGGAAGCGGCGGGAGCACCUGAGCGAGGAGGACAUCCUGAGGAACAAGGCCAUCAUGGAGAGCCUGAGCAAGGGCGGGAACCUGAUCGAGCAGAACUUUGAGCCUGCGCGGCGACCGUCGCUAACCCCCCCGGCCCCCAACACCACAUCCUGGGAGGAGUACAUCAGCGCGGACAACGGAAGGGCGCCUCAUCUGGGCAGAGAGCAGGUCUGCAAAGAGAGCAAGAAGAACUUCAAAGCCACGGUAGCCAUGAGUCAAGACUUCCCGCUGGGCAUUGAAUCGUUAUUAAAUGUUCUAGAGGUAGUGGCUCCCUUCAAGCACUUUAAUAAACUCAGGGAGUUCGUCCAGAUGAAGCUGCCUCCAGGCUUCCCCGUCAAACUGGACAUUCCCGUGUUCCCCACAAUCACCGCCACGGUCACCUUCCAGGAGUUCCGCUACGACGAGUUCGAGCAGUCCAUCUUCACCAUCCCCAGCGAGUACAAAGAGGACCCCAGCCGCUUCCCCGACCUUUAACCUCCUCCUCCCCCCCCCCCCCUCAUUGGGACAUGUAGAGAACAGGGGGUAGGAAUCCACCUAAACUACGCCAUAUUUAUAAUACAAUGCUUUUAAAUCUAGCAGAAAAAGGGGUUUGAAUACAUUUUGAUAAGACUGCGGACUUGUUGGAUGCGUUUCCACCGUUCCUCCACGUUGCAUAGGAUAUGAAUGGAAUCUCGGGAGAUGAGAUUUGGUUUUUUAAGUACGUGCAAUAUUGGUUGACCGUGGAGACUAGGUUAAAAAAAAGGGGAUUUAGAUUCAAACAAAUGUAUGAACAACUUAUUUAUUUGUCGGAAUAAGUCAGGAAGUAAGAUUUGAUUCAGGCGUUCUGUAUUGUAAGUAUGUAUGCAAUGUUUUUAAAAGGGAUGUUUGAAAAGCACACAGACCGAAUGAGGGUCACCGUUGACAUCCGAGGGAACUGAAGGUUAUCCAGCAGACGUAGAUCUGUCCAACCCUAAAUCUAUUGAAGUUUCAGUGCUAGCUGAAGAGCAAUCAUGAUUCAGAACUUCAGAGGAUUGUUUACAUGUGCACAAUAUGACCUACAGUCAGCUUUUGACCGAAUGUCAAUCACUGAUGCUCUCUGGACUAAUGCGUUGGCUGUUUGUCAAAUUGCAAUCCACCAAAGCAGAGCAUCAGUAGUUAACUUGCAUUUUAAGGCCCACUCCAAACUUUCAAUGAGACUCAAUAUGUAGUCUGUAUGUGGCAAGUUCUCAAAGGCAGUCUAGGCAUUAGAAGGUCUGCCCUGUAACAAAUCAUGUUACUACUUUUUAUUUGACUUUUAUGUUUGAAACAAUGGUUUUCUGCACUUUUUUUUGGUACUGCAAGAGCAUCUUCUUACUGUUUCACUGGCAUUAAUGGUGACAGUCAAUUUAAUUUAGCAUAACUCUAAACUUUUUUUUUCUACCCAACUAGAAGACUUUAUUUAACAAAUUUUUUGCGUAACAAUUUUGAGAUAGUUGCUGAUGUUCUGUCCUUUCAAAACCUUUGAAUGGGUCCAAUUGAGGUGAUUUCUGUAUAUAGAUGAUAGACAGCAUUCAUUUAUAUCAUCUUUCCAUAACUACUUAUUUACAUCCUCUCAACAUCUGCAGCAAUGUUGAAGAAACGUUAAAAUAAGGAAUAAACUACAAUGCCGUUAACGGUAUCGCCAUUGUAAGAACCGGGUUGUAUUGAUUGUUUAUACUGUCAAAAGGUUAAGGGAAUGAAUGGUGUUUCGAGUGUUAAACACAACAGUAUUUUUUCCCCUGGACAUUGUCUAAAUACAUGUUUUAUGAUAUUGUUUUGGUCUUCAUUUGUUUUUUUUCAUGGGUUUUAUGAAUUGUGAACAUUAAGAUUCAAAUGUUAUCAGUCUGUUGAUAUCUUUGUAUAAAGACUCUUGUGCUUGUAAAAAAGAAAAGUCCUAAACUGUCUUUUAGCAUUAUGAAUAUUUUGUUAAUUUCACCACUUCCUUCUCAUCUUUCCUUAUUGUUUUAAAACAUACUAUGCUGGCUACUGUAGUGGUGCAAACGCCACUACCUGUCAGUCAAUUCCAUACGCCUUUUAAACAGAGGUCACAGGUGUAAUUGUAGGGGCCAACACAGGUGUAUUGCAUGAUGUAAAUCAUGUGCACUGGCAUGCCUACAGCCCCAUAGUUAACCUGAUGAGCUACACCUGUGGAGAAGACCACGCCAUGCACUAAUCCUGAUCAACCUAAGAUUCCCGGGCAGCACAAUCUCUUAUUUAUAGUAGAAAGUGUUUUUGCAGUUGAAAAUGUAAACGACCCAAGUAAAGGUUGAUUUUAUUCCAUUAAGGCCUUGGGAGUGUACAUGCCGGUAUGAUGCGUUCCAUAAACGAUCCAGUAAAAUUUUCCCUUCUGAUAAGCACAGUAGUUUUGUAAUAAUUGGGCCUCAAGGCAUCUGCAUGCCUAGUAUUAUUUUCAUUCCCCAGGAUCAACUGCUUAGUUCUUUGGAUUGACUUCACAUCAAAUGUACAGCAAGCAUUGUAUAUCCCUGCCACUAUUUUCAUAAGAAAAACUUAAAUAAAAAUCCACAUAUCUAAAUUGAUCAUGGAUUGUUAUUUGUGUUAUUUGUUCAUUUCACUUACUUUAAGGACGCCUUCGUUAUAAUGGCUAUUUUAAAAUAGCCAAAGGGCAUUUGGUUAGCAAUCAUUUUUGGCUAUUUUGAAAUAGCCACAGGGUAUUUGGUUAGCAAUCCUUUUUGCAACAGUAAAUAUAUAUACUUUCAACCCAUUGACCUACAUUUAAUACUCACUCAUUUUCAUACAUUUGUCUGUGGUAUUGACUAAACAAGUGAUUUGAUUCUGUGGUGAUAUUUUCAUUUUGCCUUUACCUUUAUUCAACAAGAUGACUCAUGGCGCUAUGAACCAUUUAAAUAUUCAGACUUAACUGCAAAUAUACACAAACUUAUUUUUGCCCAGUUUUAUUAGUCCUUGUAAAAUGUGUAUCGGUAAAGGUUCAUAGUAACAAUUCACAAACAAUCUUAAUCUACAGAUGACAAGUACAAGAGGCAGGAGUUGGGUUGACUGACAGGCUUCAGUCAUGUACACAAAGUAUUCUGCCUAGCCUCCAACUGAUGAAAAACUUUACUUUUAGCAUUUAGAAGCAAAAUGAUUCUUCUUACAUAAAUUAAAAAUUUCAGGACACAAGUAUGCCACGUCAAAUUAAAGUUAGCAUUUUUAUGUCCAGCAAAUAGGAAGAGUAACAUUUUCAUGAACAAAAAUAGCUAAAAACAAAGAGAGCCUUCACCGUAUUCAUUUAUUGACAAUUUAAAACCACAUCUUACGUUAACUGUUUGGUUGACCGCCAUCCUAUGCCGAUGGUCUACACACUGUCGAGUAGAAAUUAAAAACUUCAUAUCAAACAGAACUACAGUAUGCGUCUAGGAUGUGGUCCAGAAAGAGACGACGGGGGAGAAUAUAAAAAAGAAAAAACAACAAAAAACACUACAACGGAAACAAACUGGUUUUCCUGCAGUUAAGACUUAAAAACACCCGGAAAACGGUUUUUAACUUUUCAGGGAACACUAACAGAAAUUCAGUGGCCUAUGUGAGAGCUCAAGGGGUGUGUGUGUGUGAGAGUGUGUGUUCUCUCAGUCACUCAUAUCCAUGUCGGCUUGGUGGUGGUCAUCUCCGUUCUGUUUGGACUUCUUCGGGGGGGCUUCCAUGGGGCCCUCAAAUUCCCGGUGGGGUUUUGGGGGCGGCGACGCUGCUUCUGAUUCGUCGCUCUUCCCCUCCUCCUCCUCUUCUUCAUCCUCCUCCUCCUCCUCGUCCACAUCCUCUUCCUCCUCCUCCUUGACA